AUGGCCUCUCCAUUCCGCCUAGAUGGCAAGGUGGCCCUCGUGACUGGUGCCGGCCGUGGAAUUGGUGCAUCCAUCGCCGUCGAGCUUGCCCGUGCCGGAGCGAAGGUAAUUGUCAACUACGCCAGCUCAAGCGGGCCGGCCGAGAAAGUCGUGGCCGAGAUCAAGGGCCUGGGAUCAGACGCCGUCGCGAUCCAGGCCAACGUCAGGGACGUGAAAGAGACAGUCCGACUGUUCGAGGCCGCGAAGGCACAUUACGGGCAGCUCGACAUCGUCGUUUCUAAUGCCGGAGUCGUAUCAUUUGGGCAUUUCGGGGAGGUCACAGAGGAGGAAUUCGACCGCGUCUUAAGCCUCAACACGCGCGGGCAGUUCUUUGUCGCCCGCGAGGCGUACAAGCACCUCAGCCGGGGCGGGCGCAUCAUCCUCACGAGCUCGAACACCGCCGAGGGCUUCGUGGUGCCGAAGCACUCGCUCUACUCGGCCUCGAAGGGCGCCAUCGAGUCCUUCAUGCCGUCCCUGGCGGUCGACUGCGGCAAGAAGAGGAUCACGGUGAACGCCAUCGCGCCGGGCGGCAUCGUGACGGACAUGUUCCACGCCACUGCGAAGGACUACCUCCCGCACAGCGAGAAGAUGUCUGAGGAGCAGAUCAUGAAGGUCGUCGCAUCGGUCUCGCCCCUCAACCGCGUUGGCCUCCCCGUGGAUGUUGCGCGAUGCGCCGUCUUCCUUGCGAGUAACGAGGGCGAAUGGAUCAAUGGCAAGAUUCUGCGGCCGGAUGGUGGGGCUGGAAGUUUCCCCAGCGGCGAGGACUGA